CGCUUCUAAUUUUAUGCGUGCUCAACUGAACUGGGGUUUCUUUUCGAUUUCCAUCUAUCUCCCACCAGUUCACACUUUUAUUUAGAUACGGAGCGCCUCAUUCCAGUUUCUACUUCACCGCAGCCAUACCGUACUAGCAUAUUUCUGCAUCUUUAACUCGUCUUUCUCGAGACCUCUAAUUAAGACUCCUAUCUCCUGAAAAAUGGCGUACAUGCACAAGCAAACAGAAGAAAUCCUUCGAACUUGGUUGCAUAUAAUCAGUACGGAUCAUACGCCACCCCAAAUUAUUUCCAGCAUUGUCCAGAGCCGGGUCCCGGCUGACAUUGCAUACGGCCUCCACUGCAAGACCAGCAUCCAUAAUUUCCCGCACAUUGGCAUUUCCCCGGCGUGCAAUCCGCGUGAGGAGUCAGCCAACCAGCGCACUGCACAGAAAAGUCCUGCGGAAUAUAUGGUUAAUAAAUUUGCUUCUCAGAUCAUUUGCAAUAACCCGGAUGGUGUUCGACAUACCACACUAUCACCAACGAAGGCCAGUCCGUUGUCAGUGGUGGUAUGCUCGGCUUCAGCGGUGCCGGCAGGAAUGGCACACACGCUAGCAAUACAGCUAGCGAAGAUGAUGGCGUUGGUGAAAUCCUUCAUUUUGUAUAGUGGCACGUAUAAAUGGUUAUCGAAAUAAAGGUUGAAAAGGUUUUCUUUGGGGUGACAAGCAAUGAAUUGAAUUGGUUUGGUUGUACUGUUAUUCCGAGAAGAUGGGAGGACAUUGACGCCUAUUUAUAUUCUUUUCUUCGGAGAUAUCUUCUAUAUCCCAAGGCUCAUUCUGACUUUGCCUGAGUACAACCCCCCAGACAUUGCCACUUGUAGAGUGCCAAGAAAGCCAACAUCUGCUAGGCGAGAUGCAUCUGGUGACAUUGUUAAAAUAGUAUUCGAGUAGGCUAUAUCAUCUGCAGCCUCCUGCUGUUUUCCGUGCGAGCCUAUGCUGUCAUUGUGACUGUCAGUAAUUUUUCAAUCAAGCCUUGUUCAAAGUCAAGUAAAGCUAUUCAAUGGCAUAUCGAAGCUAUACUGUCCUUGACAUCUGCCUGGCUCUGGUAAUGGCGUUACCGAACGACCUUAGUAUACAGUAAGCGGACUGGGAUACUAGCCAGAGAUGUAACCUAGGGCUUUCUUCGUUACCGAUUCCUAAAGGCACUUUAGGCUGCAUAUAUGACAGGCCGGUAGAGCAUCAAAUGUGUAGCACUGCCCAUCAAGGGUGGAGUUGGUCAUUGGCUGGGCUUAAGAGGAACCAUCCGCCACCAUCAGGCGAUCAGGCAAAA